AUGGAGCAAAUCGGAGCGGCACUCCAACAAACGCUCGAGCCGAACGCCGCGAUUCGAAAACAGGGAGAGGAUGCGUUGAGAACACUCCAAGCGACGCCCGGCUACAUUAUCCAGAUUCUACAGCUGGUGGUGAACGAGGAACAACAAGUCGCGCCUCAAAUUCGAAUGGCAGCCGCUGUGGCGUUGAAAAAUUUCGUGAAACGAAAUUGGGUAAGGGAAAAGGCUAUUCAUGGCCCGGCACCAGAAGUAGAGAUGAGCCAAGAGGAUGAGGAGCAGUUCCGAAACAUGCUGCUGGAAGCCAUGUUCAACACAAAGGCUAACAUUCAAGAUAUCCUCUCCAACGCUCUUUAUCUCAUUGCUCAACGCGAUUUUCCGGAAAAAUGGCCAGAAUUAGUGCCGUAUCUAUCGAGAUUUCUGUCCGGAGACGAUCUCAAUCAUUUGAUCGCCUCGUUGACGUCGAUGGAUCAGAUUUUCCGGAAAUUUCGAUAUUCGUCAAAGUCGACCGAGUUGUGGAGAGAGCUGUUGAAGUGCUUGCAAAGUACCCAAGAACCGCUCACGAUGCUCCUCGCAAAAAUGAUGGAAGUCGGACAGCAGAAGGAUCAACUCGGCGACGAAAUGAUGUCGCAAUGGCUGAAAGUGCUGAACUUGAUCGCGAAAGUGUACCAUUCGUUGUGCGUACAGGAGAUUCCCGAGUAUUUUGAGGACCACCUAAACGAUUGGAUGCCUCACUUCCUGCUCCUCGUCAGUAUCGAUGUCCCAUCUCAAACUUCAUCAGGAGGCGAACCAACAACGCUGGACGAGUUAAAACACGAAAUUUGUGAGAUUUUCGCGCUGUAUUCGCAAAAAUACGAAGAGGAAAUCGCGAAAUUCGUUCCCGACAUCAUCUCAGCCGUCUGGCAUCUCUUGGAGAAAACCGGUCCAGACACCCGCUACGAUACGAUGGUUUGUGCUGCCCUGGAGUUCCUCUCAAUGGUCUCACAACGACAAUACUACGAGAGUCACUUCACUGGAGAAGGCGUUCUGAAGACGUUGGCUGAAAACGUUUGUGUCCAGAAUCUCCUGCUACGACAGCAGGAUAUGGAGUUGUUUGAGGACGAACCACUGGAUUAUAUGAAACGAGACAUUGAGGGGACAGAUGUGGGGACCAGAAGACGUGGAGCGAUUGAUUUGGCGAGAGGGCUUUGUAGAAGAUUCGAGGAUAAGAUGCUUCCAUGUCUCGGAGAGAUUGCUCAGAACCUUCUAGCCAGUGGAGAAUGGAUCAAAGUCGAUAUUGCUUACUCUCUAAUCACCGCUGUAGCUGUCAAGUCGGAAACUGCGAAGAAUGGAGUGACGGCUACAAAUCCGCUAGUAGAUAUCAACGACUUCUUCAUUGGACACGUGGCAACGCAUCUGAAUUCCGACGUCAAUCAGACGCCAAUCCUAAAAGCUGACGCGCUAAAAUUCGCAGUUACAUUUAGAAAACAACUGGCUCCUGAGCAUCUGAUGACUGCAAUCAAGGCAUCCGACGCUCUUCUCUCCUCCGCCACCCCGAUCCUUCAUAAAUAUGCGGCCUACGCCAUCGAGAGAAUUCUGCUCUCCGACUCGCAAAAUGCUCAAAAAGUGUUCUCGGCGCACAAUCUCCCCGUCGCAUCGAUUCUUCAGAACCUCGUCGCCGCGUUCGACAAGGAUCCGAAGGCACAGAACUCGCCGUAUCUCAUCAAGGCCGUUUUGAGAAUUAUUGUGAUUCUGGACGAUGAGACGAUUCGACACGCCGACGCGAUCGCCAAGAAGCUGGCGCAGUUGAUCGAGAGUGCCACGAAGAAUCCGGCCGAUUCGGUGCAUACGCACUUCUUGUUCGAGACCAUUUGUGUGCUUGUGACCAAGACACGAACAAUCGGUGCCUCACUGGAUGCCCAACUCCUCCCACUAAUCGAAGUGAUCUUCCGUGAAGAUCUCGAAGAUCUCAUCCCCUACGCUCUCCAAAUCACGGGGGUCCUCGUCUCAUCGUGCAUCGCCCGCAACGCAUCCAUCGAUCAAUUCGCCGCAUUCCUCCCAUUCCUGCUUUCCGAACGUCUUUGGGCUCGAUCUGCGAACGUUCCAGCUGCUCUGUCAGUUCUCGAAGUUCUAAUGUCGGUGAACGGGCAACAAGUGGUUGCUGGCAAUUCGAACUUGAUUCUGAAUCAUUUGACACGUCUUCUCAAUUCCAAGACGUUGGAUCAAUACGGAUUUCAGCUGGCUUCUGCGAUUCUUCCAUCGAUUGAACACUUUGAGGGAGAUGCUAUGAAGCACUUGUUGACUUCAAUGUUCAAUAGAGUACAAUCGUCAAAGACAUCAAAGUUUAUGAAACUUUUUGUGGUGUUCCUCUGUCGAUUUACGAUUAUUCGAGGCGCUCAGGAUCUUGUGAAGUCUUGUGAGAGCAUGCAAACUGGAAUGUUUGGAUUGCUCAUUGAGAAGGUUGUGUGUUUGGAGAUGCCCGCGUUGAAGCACACGACGACGGCGACCGAGAAACGGAUCAUUGCCAUUGGAAUGGGAAAUUUGUUGGCUGAAGCUACGCAGCAGUUGAUCAACCACUACGGAAUACUGACCCACGAGACUGCAAUGCUUCUGGACGCGGCCGCUGCCUCCGAUCGAGCCAUCAUGUCUCCAGAAGAGGAACAAGCGUCGAUGUACAACGCUGAAGGAGAAUUCGUCAACCCAUUCUGCCGACUCUCCUACGCCCCGAAACCCAAACCAAUCGCCGAUCAAAUCACGAAUCACAAGGCCUAUUUUGCCCAGGCCGCGCUGGUCCGUGGACCUGGCAACGUGCCAGACACCUUGAAAACUGUGCCGCCCGAGAUUGCUUCCUACUUGAGAUCGCUUCAUAAUGUCUAA